GCGGCGGCAGCUGCAGCAGCAGCCCCGGCGGCGGCAGCCGCUCCUCUGGCCGAUGAAUGCAGACCCGCCGCCGCCGCCGCCGCCGCCCUGGGUUUGGAUGGUUCCCGGCUCGGCCGGGCUGCUCCGGCUGGGCGCCGGGGGUCGCGCCCCCGCCCGUGCUGCUCGCCUCGGCGCAGCCCCCCGCCGGCCCGCUGCUCCCGGGGCUGCCCGGCUGGCAAGCCCCCGGCGAGCCCCUGCUGCCGCUGCUGCCGCUGCCCUCUGCGCCAGACCACGCCGCCGCCGCCGCCUCCGCGCACCACUACCCCUUGCUCCACGGGCAGUGGCUAUGCGGUGGCCAUUCUCCAUCUAUAGGACUCUCUCCCUCUUCCACUGUGGAGCUGGUGCCCAUUUUCCCACACGUCUGCCCGUCUGCUCUCCCACCUCCUGUUGGGAAAAGUUGGAUAGACAAAAGGAUACCCAAUUGUAAGAUCUUUUUUAAUAAUUCCUUUGCUCUGGACUCAACAUGGAUAUAUCCUGAGGAGUCAAGGUUGUUCCGUGGGCAUGAAAAACCUCAUCUAUUGGCAAACCAAGUCGCCCUGUCUCUGUCCAGACCAGCUCCUGCCUCCUGGCCUCUUCCCACGGGGCUGUUAGCACCUCAGCUAAUACCAGGUGGUUGUCACAACAGCCUGAAGCCUGUUGGCAGUACCCCCGGCAUUGCCAUCACUGCCACGGCUGCCAUGGUGUCCGUGGACCCAGAGGGACUUGGGGGCCCAUCCCCCUCCAGUGUGCAGCCCUGCCACUUCCUGACCUUGGCACCCAUCAAGAUACCCCUGAGGACCGCCCCCUUCUCCGGUUAUCAGUAACAGGAAACAUCACCAGAUUGUGAGACACGUGCGCACA